CUUACCCAAUGAAGUUUGCAAAGGAUUCUCAUAAGCCAAUGGGACUUCGAGUGUCUUCUCUUACCUCGUCCUGUGACCCUGGGAGGAGACAGAGGUGAGACUGGAACAUUUCAGGACACGCCUCCCAAGAUCUGUUCCCAGGUCCCGACCAGCUCUUCCCAGCAGAAGAGAAGCCAUGGCAGCCUGCUGCAUCCAGUAUUUCCUGCUCCUCUUCCUGCUGGGCUUCACCCCCUUCUCAGAUAGUCUUCUCUGUAAGGAGGGGGUCAUGGUGACAUUUGGCUCCGGUUUCCCUAAGACACUUGUUGACUGGACCUCACAGGGAACCAAGAUUGCUGGACCUAAGGAGGCAUGUUAUGAGACCCUUGUGCUAAUAGACGUAGGUCCCAAAUCUCUCCUAGUGGGGAGCAAAGGUACAGGCAUCCCUAAGGAUGAGGAUGUCCACAAUAUCCGUAUGUAUGAUUACUCGGGUGUGGGUAUAUAUCCUGAUAACGGCACUGUCCUUAUGUAUUCUUAUGGUCCUGGAAUUUUGGCUGCCAUAUAUCACGAGACCUGUCAUGCUGAUCUGUGCAACAGCGAUAACACCACCAGAGUCCUCCUUAGGGGCCUUCAUAUUGCAACCGCCGAUCAGUCAAAAAUCAACAGGUGUCCUGUCUGCUUGCACUAUUGGGGCUCCUGCCACAAAAACUUUGUCUUCUGUCCAAAGGACACUGGUUGUUAUGAUGGUGAAAUUGCCAUUGAAGGAGGUGGAGUUAAUGCCAAUUUUAGCAUUAAAGGAUGUCUGGACGUGAUGACUAAAAACAUAUUUAAGAGAGACGAAACACUUGGGAUCUUCAGCGUGUUGGAAAAUGUGAACUCAAUCACUAUAAAUUCAUCCCCACAUAUGUUUGUCCCUGUCACCCUGGCUUGGGUGUUAGGGCUGGGGCUCUCUUUAGCCCUUUGUCUGGAGGGCUUGGUCCUCUCUGAUGAACCCAUUUUCCUGUGAUUCCUAAUCCCUAUUGGCCACCCACACCCAUCCCUCCUCUGACAUCAUAACCUAUGACCUUACACUUGGAAGUGUCAGCCUGUGCUGUCCUGGUGCCAUCAACCCUCACCACACAUCUCUGCCUCCUGAUAUUUCUACAUGGGAGACACUGAACUCACUGUGCCCCAGAGGGGACACAUACACAUGUUCAACACACAUGCGGAAUAAUAAACUCACUGUUUUUUCCCCAAA